AUCGAUAGUGAUUAUAUUAGUCACAAGGAAGUUAAAUUCUGGGUUUAUCGAGUAUCGUAUUAUUCUUCCUGAUUAUGUUUAAUUAUGUUUAAUUUGCGUAUGACUUUACACCAGUGAGGAUGAAAGCGACAUCAAUAUGUGUUCUUUUAGUCUUACCAACAACCCUGCAAGCUUUCAAUUUAUUUGAAAAUAUUUUUGAAGCACAGAUCGUGGACAGUGGCAAUAAGAUCAAAAACGACGUACACGAGUUCGUUGACGGCACGUUUUCCUGGUCUAGAUGCAACGCCUCCGUGGUUCCCAUAGCGGUGACGUUACUCUCCGUCCAGCCGGAUCCCAUCCAGUUCGGUAAAAACGUGACAAUCUCCGUGGCAGUGGACGUGACCGAGGACAUUGGAACGCAGGAUCAAAAUGUCAAGGUUGACAUGAAGGUGAUGAUGAAGAUGGGUCCAGAGUACUACGACGUGUGCGUGUAUAAGGAGGAAUACUGCCACUUUGACCUAUGCCAGAUGGCUGCAAAGUAUAAAUACAAUUGCCCCUUCCCAAAGUACAAAUACAGUUUAAAAAAUAUCACAUAUUACCUGCCGAUCCAGAAGAUCACGGUGACGGGGGCGUUUGACAUCACCAUCCAACUGUCGUCGAAAGGCAGGGAGCUGGGCUGCAUCAACAUACAGCUCUGCCUCGGUCAGUGCGACUGAUCUGGUCCCUGCACUAGAAGAGUACCUGCUAUGGCGAGUUUAACCAGCUGCCCCGGAUGUUUACCUUGCAAGAUCUAAGGAAUUUGAUGAUCUGACAAUAUUUUAUAUAUUUUUUAUCAAAUUAGAUUAAAAAGAAACACAUAACAUGUGUUUUGGAAAUAAAUGAACGAAUUUCUUGUUUUAGUCACUAGGUAAUGAUAUACAUUUUAAUGACAUAAUUAUACAUGUAUACUGAGUCUUUGCGAAUGUUUUGUUUGUUUGCUAAGCUUCCUUUGUUUAAUUAUUAUUAUAUGCUUUUGAUAUGGUGCUUUUACACAAUAUAGCCUAAAUUGUUAAAUAUUUUUACACAUAUUAUGCAUUUUCAUUCGAGCAAAAAUUCAAUAAAAUGAACUGUACUGGA